UUGGAUUAAACUAUAUGUUGAGUCUAUUUUUAUUAGUUUUACACAGAAUUUGUACUUUUAGCAAGGUUAUCCAGUGAAUAAUGGAGGUUCGUUUAGUAGGAGAAGGAAGUAUGAGCGCUGACAAGAAAAAUAUUCGUGGAAUUCCUAAGCUUCGUGAACUUUUGAAGCGACAGAAAGGAGAAGCGGACAAUGCGCUUGAUGGAGUACCUGAUGUUGAAUUUACUUACUCUGAUGCCCAAUCUAUUCAGGAUGAAAUCGCAGAAUUAUACAGUUAUACAGAAGAAGAAGAAUUCAAAAGAAAUAAAGAAGCGUUUCAUUGCGAGUUCCCCAGUGUGAAAAGAUGGAAUGAACUGUCUGAAAAUGAAAAGAAAUCGUGUCUCAAUCAAUUGAUCGAUAAGAUUGACAGCAUUGAUGAUUCUGUUCGGGUACCAGCUGUAUUAUCAUUACUUUAUCUAGCACAGGGUGCAUUUGAAGCUGGAAUGAGUGAGGAUGCACUUCUAAAGCAAUCAAGAGAAAAUGUAUUUCUUCUUUAUUCUUGUGGAAUCUUGCAUCAUAUCAUUCAGUUGUUAAAUUUGGAAUCAGAAAAUCCAAAUUCAGCAAUCAUUAUAAUGCAAAAGCCAUCAAUUUCUAUUGCUGAUAGUGAUCAAUUGAGGUUAUAUCUUAAUAUUCUGUAUAUCAUGGUUGAAACAAUGAGAUAUGAUGAUCCUACUGACUCCGAACUUAUGAUGGAACAACGAGAAACAUUUAUCUUUGAACUGAGUCAACCAGUUCAUGAUGAAUGCCUUCAUAUUGUAUUAUUUGAAAUGGUUGUCAGGUUUUGUGCAGGUAACUGUCCAUAUUUUCCAAUUAAGAAAAUUCUUUUGCUUUUGUGGAAAACAAUCCUGGUUACAUUGGGUGGAACAAAUGACAUUGACAGAGUGAAGAGACAAUCGAGACUAGAUGCUGGGUUGCCUGAAGCAUUUGAUGAAGGAAUAACUGAUAAAAAUGGUGAGACUUCACAUUCCAAUAUGACAAGUUCAGAAAAUGCGAAUGAUGAAAUUGAUGAUCUAGAUGAUAAUGAAUUCAAAGCAACCCGUAAGCCAAGACCUCGCCCCAAAGUUCGCCAAAAAGAUAUUGACCUCUUUCUGGAUGCGACCAGAUCAAAGUUUGUUGGUUAUCAAAUAACUGGUGAUGAUAGCACUUUGGCUGGUCUACCACAUCCAAUACAUGAAGGACUGCAUGUGAUGAAAAAGCACAUUUAUACAUCACUUGGAGAAUACCAGCUCAAAGCUGAGGAAGAUGCUUUAGAACGACCUUUCACUGCAAAGAAAUUUCAAUCCAAGAAUGAAGUUUGUGAAUCAUUAUACAAAUCAUUAUUACCAAACAUGCCUCAGUAUAUGAUAUCAUUAUUGAAAAUCUUACUAGCCUCUUCACCAACUGCCAAAGCGAAGACUGAUUCCAUUAAUGUUUUAGUUGAUGUUCUGCCUGAAGAAAUGCCAACUACUGUCCUUGAUUCCAUGCGCCUUGGUAUUGAUGUGAAUCGACACAAGGAGAUAAUUGUCAAGGCUAUUUCUGGCUUGAUCUUGCUUCUUCUCAAGCAUUUCAAAAAUAAUCAUAUUUAUCAAUUUGAAUUUAUUAGCCAGAAUCUAGUAUGUGGAAAUUGCAUUCCAUUGAUCUUGAAGUUUCUCAACCAGAAUAUUUCCUCCUACAUAUCCACCAAGAAUUUCAUCCCACAACUUGAUUUUCCUGCUUGUGCUCUGAAUGAGAAAGCUGAGGUGACAGCAGAAAGUCUAGAGAAUAAUGGUUCGGAAAUGUGCUGUUGGAGAAACAUGUUUUCUUGUAUCAAUCUCUUGCGCAUUCUUCAGAAAUUAACAAAGUGGAAGCACUCCAGGACAAUGAUGUUAAUUGUUUUCAAGUCAGCACCUAUCCUUAAACGAUCUCUCAAAGUUAAACAUGAAAUGAUGGAGUUGUAUGUCCUCAAAUUGUUGAAAGCUCAGACUAAGUACCUUGGUCGCAACUGGAGGAAAUCAAAUAUGAAGACCAUGUCGGCUGUUUAUCAGAAAGUUCGUCAUCGUCUCAAUGAUGAUUGGGCAUUUGGAAAUGACAUGGAUCCCAGGCCAUUUGAUCUGCAAGCAGAAGAAGGUUCCUUAAAGUCUUGUAUUGAUCAUUUCAACAACACCCAUUAUGGAGCUCACACCAAUGGCGAUGAAAUGAUGAGUGAAUGUGAUGUAAACAUCCACAGUGUCCUAGAUUCCCCAGUUGACCUGUCUGAUGAUUUCAAGAAUGCCUAUGAAAAAUGGCUUGAGAGAGAAGUGUUUUCUGCUCCGAUUGAAUGGGAACAGUUAUGCAGUUGUUCAUCUAAGACAGACUGUAACAUCGACUGGUCUUUAUGCCAGUGAUUAAUUUAUGGUUUGCAUUUCAUAAUUAUGUAAAUUUGGAGUUAUAUCUUAUAUGAGUAUAUACACUAGGCAUUGUACAAUCAACAAAACACUAGGCUCAGUUAAUUAAUAAAUAGAAAUAUUGAUCUGAUUACUUUCAUCAUAAAAUAUAAGCACAGAGUUGUAAAUGCCU